AUGACGAAAGAGCAGAGUGGGCUUCUUCAGCGGUGGUAUAAAGGCUUCGCUCGUCCCGAAGUUGCGCCAACCCUACACGACGAUCGUAUAGUUGCUUUUGCAACGGCUAUACGGAGCGAACCGAGACUAGUGAUCAACUACGUUAGACAAAGACGCAACAGCAACGAUACCAUGAAGCGUAUCGCGGAAGACCAAGACACAGAGGAGAGUCCUCCACGUUCAGGAAAGAAAGAAAACCCUACUCCAGAACCAUACACACUUGCUACGGCAAACAAGCACCUCCCCCCAACUAUCCUACCAAUCGUGGAAAGAUAUGUCUCCGGCUGUCGUCGCCGACGCUCUCAAAACGAUGGCCGCCGCUCCGUCAACACCGGCCCAUACCGAUGUACCUUCGGUUGUGGCUACCGAACGAAACGCGCCUUCGACUGGCGUCGUCACGAAGAAACACACGAGCCCCAGGAGCUUUGGCUAUGCGAUAUCUGCGGUCAGACCGACAGUCACAAUCCGUUCUUGGUCAACCGCAAAGACAAGUUCUUGAAGCAUGUGGCAGAUAAACACGCAGAGGUGGCCGCUGAUGCUGUGAUCGACAAGAGCAAGUUGGAGUUUGUGCCGAGGACGGAGUUGGGUUGUCGGUACUGUGGAGAGGAGAGUGCGAGUUGGGAUGAGAGGUGUAGGCAUGUGCUUGGGCACUUUGAGGAUGAGGUUGAGAAGAGUAUGAAGAGGGUUAAGGUGGUACACGAGGAACUACACAACGGCAGAGAAGUGGUUCCAGGUGAGUGCUCGAACGUAGCUUCAAGUGAGAAGAUCAGGACUGGUGUCCCUGACAUUCUGAAUUGA